CAGUCGGUAGAAUAAAACUGGGCAAGGCUGCAGCCGGGCUGUGGGUCGCAUUGCAGACGGAGCCGUCGCUUUCUUUAGGCCGUAAUGGGUUCGGACGCCCAGAGAGUCGCUGUGUUUAUUAUUAUAGUGUUGCUUCUCUUUGUUAACUCGUGGCUGCUGUUGCAGCUUACUUUGAGAUAGACCCUUUAAUGCUUUGUUUGUUUAAGAGCUAUUAGCUAUUUUUUCUCCUUAGUUUUUUUUAUUUUUUUAGAUAAACCCAUUUUCAUUUUUUAUUAUUGAUUUAGUUUUUAUUAGGUAUUUACUUUAUUAUAUGUAUAAGUGCAAUAUUUUAUAGUGAGACGUGGAUUAUACUUUUAUUGUGAACUUUUACUAAACCGGAAGUCGUGUUGAAUCUUUUCCCCUCACAUUUCCUUGCCUGCCGAGAUCAAUGUGGCGCACGCUAAUGUCCAUAUUACGUCAUAUUAACAGUAAUGGCUGUCCGGUUCAUUUACCUAAAUAAUACUAGACGUUAAUGAGACGCAAAGUAAAAGCCCGACGUUAACUUUCGAGCGUCCCGUCUUCACGCCCAGGUGACAGGUGCUUAGAGGAUGCUGCGGCCGGCCGGCGCGCCUUAAUGUCACCGCAGGGUAGCGGACUGUGUGGGGCAGCUGGCUUCUUUUUUCUUCUUGCUGAUCGUUUGGUUUGUAGGAACCGGGAGUUUUACCCGGUCGCUGCCGCCCCGCCUCCCCGGGAGGCGACCUUGAGGACUCCGUCAUGGACCUGACGCGGCUGGCCGUGGAUGCGGGUCAGCUCAUUAACCGAGCCGUUCAGUACACCGGAGAGAGCCUCGGCCAGGCGGGUAAGACUGAGCUGGACCCCGGGCUGGAGGAGCUCCUUGCCCGGGCGGACGCCACCAAGAGCUGGACGGACUCAAUCGUUUCUCAGACGGAGGCAUUGCUGCAACCUAGUCUGGGAGCCCGAUUAGAGGACCGGCUGUACGAGCAUCUGGAAUGGAGCGCUCCACCUCGACCACGGGCAAACGAGUUACUGGGGGACCAGAUGACCCAGGCCGGGCUGGAGAUCGGAUCUAACACGCCCUAUGGAACGGCUCUGAUAAGGUGCGGCGAGGCCCAGAAGCAGCUGGGAGAAGCCGAGAGGAAGUUUGCAGAAUGCACCAACAUUCACUUUCUCACACCUCUGAAGAGUUUCACAGAGGGGGAAUAUAGAGCCAUCCAGAACGAGCGUAAGAUGUUGGUGAACAAGCGUUUGGACUUGGAUAUAGCCAAAGCCAGGCUGAGGAAAGCCCACGAAGCAGACCGAGAGGCCAGGAUGCUGAAUGCAAACCCGCUGGACGACGACUACCUGUCUCACGUUUCCUACAUGUUCAGCUUCCUGCGUGUUAAAUGGCUGAAGGUAUGGGCUCAGGAAAUCUCUCAGGCCGAGAUGGAGCUGAGGAUCUGUCAGAGUCUUUUCGAUCGGCAGUCAGAGGUCACCAGACGGGCUGUGGAAGGACUCGCCGCCACUCACACCGACCACAUGCGGAGCCUGGCUGACUUUGUAGAUGGCCAGGCGUCUUUCUUCGCACAGUGCAACCAACAUGCUAAGGACCUGCAAACGCAGCUCGCCAGGAUUCCCGCCGUCUUUUGCUCUAAUAACUGGCAGUCGGCGGUCAAUAACGAGCCUAACGGGCCAUCAACAAGCAGCCAUGCGGCCGGUGGGUCUGUUGGGUUGGAUCAGGUCACUCCGCUUCCAAAAGUAGCUCGCCAUCUCCCAGACUUUGACCAGGAGUCGUGGACGGUUACGGCUCCUCCUAAAGCCGGAGCGGUUUUUCCUUCAGCUCUCAACCCCGAUCACACGAACAACAACAAUAACAACAACAACAACACCUUCUGCACUCCCGGCCAAUCAGGCGCUCGGCAGUCGGCGGUUGAAAGCCCGGCAUUUAAAGACCAAACGGUUGAUCCUCUCUUUGCUUCCAACCAAUCAGAUGAGCUUCCAUCACCCAGCAGGACGGAGCAGGCUGAUUUUAGCUGGACUUGCGACGCAACUGCUUCGCUAACCAAUGGUGCCGCUAGUUUAACAACAGCAGCCUCGCCUCCUUCUCCUCAAGCCGGCCCAAACCCAAAUCAGACUCAAACGGCAGAUCCAGGGGCUCCUGAAGCCACUGACAUCACAGCAUCCAGUGAUGCGGUUCUUGGUUCCCUAACGACCAGUGAAACUCAUGAGCAGCCAAUCACCAAUGGAGAUGUCUAGUCAAGGCUGUGACACCAUUCAACGUGUUUCACACGUGGUUCUGGCAAUAUCUGGAGCUGCUACUGAUAUCCUUCCCCGUAAACUGUAUUUAGAAGCUAGUGUCCAGUAAUAUGUGUUGAAUCUAGACAGAUCAGUUAUCCUUAUGGGACUGUGCAGUAAUCGUAAAAAGUGCAAAAAGCAAUCCAAGCCAACCUGGCUGCGUGUGAAAAUAUAAAAGCUUCCCUACAUACAUAAGGCAUUAACUGUGAUUAACGAUGUUUUUUUUUUUCUAUUUCACUCAACACACCUGUGCCUGAUUACCGGCAGACCUGUAGCAUCAAGACGCCACUUAAAUAGAGCCUGUCUGGCAACAUGAAGUAGACCAGUAGAUCUCAGGAAGAAACACAUCAUGCCCUGAUAUAAAGCAAUUCAAAAGCUGAUGAAAGAUAAAGUCAUGGACAUCUAACAGUCUGGAAAGGAUCCCAAAGACAUUUCUAAGGCUUUGGGACUCAAGCGAAACAGAGCGAGAGCCUUUUAUCCACGAACGGACGAAACAUGGACCAGUUUUGAUUCUUCCUUGAAGUGGCUCCAGGACCUGGACGACCUGCCGUACUCGAUGGAACAGAAAUCCCACUGGAGAAUGUCCUGCCAGCGGUUGGUCACUUUAAGCACAAUUUGGGUUAUGCAGCAAGACAAUGAUCACGCCACCUCUGACAAGCUAGAGAAGGGUAAGAGAAGGUUUGUAUCAGUGGCCUAGUCAAAGUCUAUGCUUAGAUUUAAUGGAGAUGCUGUGCCAUGGCUAUAUAAGCAGACGCAAAGAUCUUUUAAUAUGGCUUGAUUAAAACAAUUCAGAAAAACAAAAAUGGCCCCUGAGGUCUUCCACAAUGAUACUAAAGCCUCAUUGCCAGUUAUGACAAUCGUUUCAUGGCAGCCAUGGUGGCACAACUAGUUAGGAUUUAAGAGGAAAUCACUCUUUCCCAUGGGGCCAGGUUGGUUAGGAUAACUUCUUUCCCCAAAUAAAUGGUAUCAU